AUGGCCGCUGAAGAGCCCGCGCCACCCGCUGCGCCGGUCCCGGCGGACCCGGCGAAGCCUCAGAAGAAGCGCUCGCCCAAUCGGUUGGUUGUGGAGGAGGCGCUGAACGAUGACAAUUCGGUAAUCUCUUUGUCGCAAGCGAAGAUGGAGGAGCUCAACCUCUUCCGUGGCGACAAUGUGUUGAUCAAGGGCAAGAAGCGAAAGGACACAGUGUGCAUCGUCCUGGCUGAUGAGAACUUAGACGACAGCAAGAUUCGAAUGAACAAGGUCGUCCGCAAGAACCUGCGCGUGCGCUUGGGCGACAUCAUUUCGGUUCAUGCCUGUGGUGAUGUGCCAUAUGGGAAGCGCAUCCAUGUGCUGCCCCUAGACGACACCAUCGAGGGUAUCACAGGAAAUCUCUUCGACAC